AUGCUGUCUGGCACCACUUUGUUUGAGUUUGGGAGUCUCCCUAAGAACCGUACCUUCACCGUCAGUGCCGAGCCAAUCUAUCAUGCCACCAUAGAACGUCAUGGAAACAUGCUCACGGUCGCAAUCACAAGGCACGAAGACCCGGCCAAUGAAGUGUCUCGCUCUGGAGGCAGCCGUCGCCCAAGCAACUCCUCGCCCGUGACCGUCUGGCGCCUGGAAGAUCCGCUCGUAGAACGCCGUACCGGCGCCGCCCUCGUUCAGACAUCCACCAACCCUCGAACCCGCCGCUCGCGACCCUCACAAUUGACGACGGCAAUAUGGAUAACGACACUCGUGAGGAUAGCAAGCGGUGCUGAGAUAGAGCAGGAAGUCAGGAUCGCUCGAACGAAUGACUUCGUCGGGAGCGAGAGGGCAAAAAAGAAGGCCAUUCUCAGCAACGCCCAGGAGAUCCAGGAGAGAAGCGGUCGCAAGCCUACCUGCUCCCGAUACAGGGACAACCCAGCUACUACCCUGCGUCUUUGCUGCGACUCGGAUGCCGAUGCCUCGCUGUCUCCGAAGCGCCUACCGAAAUCGACUGUACAGACCGCUGGAAAGCGCCUUCCAAAGCCACCAGCGGGAAAGCGACUCCCAAAACCUCCAGCUUCCUGUCAACCCCAGAGUCCCGCACUUCCACCAACUUCGCCGCUCCAAGACUACGGGUCAGACUGGACGUUUGAGAUGAACGGGUUCUUAUACGGGUGGGUGGCUACGGACUGGGAGAUUGCUAGGGCGUAUAAUAUGUGCUUUGUGCCAGAGUCUGGGACUGCAUGA